CGCUCGGAGGAUUUACGCACGCAGGGACAGGGACCCGCGGGGACGGAUCUCCACGCGCGACGCGCCGCUCCGGGGACCCGGGACUCCGCGCGCACCCAUGGUUUUUCUGUGGGACAAAUACGACCCCGCCCCCGGCCGGCGCUACACCCCCCCCUCCACGUCGCUGGGCUCGGGGGGGAAGAUGGAGGCCCUGCCCCUGGGGGCCCAGGAGGCCGGCGGGCCGGCCCUGGUGGGGAAGCUACGCAUGGCGGAGCGCGGCAUGGUGGAGGUGGUCUCGGAGCACCCGGGGGAGCUGGUGAAGACUGACAGUCCCAACUUCCUGUGCUCGGUGCUGCCCACGCACUGGAGGUGCAACAAGACGCUGCCCAUCGCCUUCAAGGUGGUUGCCAUGGGCGACGUCCCAGACGGCACCUUGGUGACGGUGAUGGCAGGGAACGAUGAGAACUUCUCAGCAGAGCUACGUAACGCCACGGCGGCGCUGAAGAACCAGGUGGCCCGGUUCAACGACCUGCGCUUCGUGGGCCGGAGCGGGAGAGGGAAGAGCUUCACCCUGACCAUCACGGUGUUCACCAACCCCCCCCAGGUGGCCACGUACCAGAGGGCCAUCAAGAUCACCGUGGACGGGCCCAGAGAGCCAAGACGUCACCGGCAGAAGCUGGACGAGGUGAAACCCGGGUCGCUGGCCUUCUCCGAGCGGCUGACGGAGCUGGAGACGCUGCGCCGGAGCUCCAUGAGGGCCACGCCCCCCCACCACCACCACCAGAACCACAACGCCGGCCGCCAGCCCGGCGGGCCCUUCUCCGGCCCCGCCCAGAUCACCGCCGACUCCCGGCAGAUCCAGUCCUCCCCCUCCUGGUCCUACGACCAAUCGUAUCCCUACCUGGGCCAGAUAGCCACGCCCACCGUCCACUCGGCCAAUCCGCUGUCUCCGGGCCGAUCCUCGCUGGGAGACCUGUCGUCCCGGCUCUCAGGGCCGGACCUGGCGGCCUUCGGGGAUCCCCGCGUGUCCCUGGACCGGCCCUUCAGCUCGCUGCCGCCCCUGCCCGAGUCCCGGUUCCCGGACCCGCGGGUGCACUACCCCCCCCCGGCGGCCGCCUUCAGCUACAACCCCCCGCACAGCUCCGUGGGCAUCACCAUGGCGACGGCCAUGGCCUCCACGCCGGGGGGCCGCUACCACACCUACCUGCCCCCGCCCUACUCGGCCAGCGGGCCCCACCAGGCCCAGGGCGGCCCCCCCUACCACCUGUACUACUCCAGCGCCACCGGCUCCUACCAGUUCUCCAUGGGGGGGGGGGGCCCGGGCCCCUCGCCCCCCAGGAUCCUGCCCCCCUGCACCAACGCCUCCACAGGCUCCGCCCUCCUGCACCCGUCGCUGCCCAAUCAGAGCGAGGGGGUGGGGGUGGAGGCGGAGCCUAGCCACAGCUCCUCCCCCUCCAACAUGGGGGGGGCCGAGGCCGUGUGGAGGCCCUACUGA